CGUCCUUCCGCCUCCCGCCCGGCCCACAAUCCGAAUAUAGAGGCCAAGACCCGAGCGAACAACUCUAUCUUUAGACAAGCCGUCCGUUUUGAAGGAAGAGCUGACGAAUCUAUAAUCGGGGUCAAUAAAGCAUCGAGGAUAUGAAAAGGGACCAUCUCCAUCAAAAGUUCAGCAAGCAGACGUAGCUUAGGUAGUUAACCUUCUCUAAGUAACAGCCAUAUUUUCAAUCAUCUUGUUCAAGUCUUGCCGUUUCUCGCAAGACACUACCUACUACACUAGCGAUGCACGUAUUGCAGAGCCUCAUUCUUGGCAUCCCAGUGGUUGUAGCUGGGUCACCAAUGCUUAUAGAACGUUCUCCUACAUCACCUUUUGCAUUGUUCGCUUACGGCGAUGGAAUCGGCGGCGCACCUGUGUUCACAGACGGCGAAAGCGCCUACAUCGGGCGGGCAACUCGCUUAAACGACAGCGAAGCCGCUCAGGUUCAGUUUAUUGGCGGUACAGACAAUUCGCUGCUGGCCAGUCCCAACACCACCGCCGGCAAUGCACCAACCUGGUCGAAUCUCACGUUCAUGGUCCCGGACAUGACAUCUUCCUCCCAUCAGGUCGGAUUCGCUAAUUCGACCAUUAGUGGCGGUGGGUCAGCAUCCGAGUUCGUAUUUUAUGGGGACUUCCUACUGCACAAGAACACCGACGGGGAUAUCAACGGAUUGUGGUACGCUGUGCCCUCUGAUGAAGACCGUAUUUGGACUUUGAACUGGAACUCGACCGACGAUGAUACCGAAGAGAAAGUGCUUGUCACCCUGAAGGCUACACCACCAUCGAGGACAAUGGAUAAGAAUAUUUAGGCUUAACAUACAUACGUUGAACCAUUUCCAUUCUCAUUAGCAGUUGCCGACCAUCUACCUCCUGGGUUAGACUAGUAAUCGCAAGUCGCCUGCUGGUGGGACACUACUCUACCGGCAUUUCGUCUCUCUUUAACAUAUUUUUGCUGGCUCGAGAGGAUUGUAAUUAGCUUAUGGUUUGGAAAGACACCUAGAAUGAUUAACUUCAAUACUACAAGCUACAUUGUCACUAUCACCG